CCGAGCCGAAGAAGAGUGUCCGCCAGCAGACUGUGAACACUGCAGUACAUGCGACCGUACAACCGCUCUCAGCCUCUGCUCCUUUUUUCCUCCAACGCCAGCGACGACACGGAGGAAAACACUCAUCUGUGUUUUGAAGUAAAGUGGCGGAGAAGAAUUCAACGUCUCCGGAAACGCUAACUUUCCAAUUCAGCACGAACCGCACUGUUUGGUGUAUUUGUGGACUGCAAAGGAUUGGCAAAUAAGACAGCUUUUCCCUUGACUACUCAGUGGAACGGUUUUUACGACCACAGACAUCACAACAGAGCCAAAGGUGCAGCAGGGACAAGGCUGCUCUCAGGUCAGAACAAACCCGUGACCAUGGAUGUGGAUGAGGAGGAGAAUAUGAGUUCGAGCAGCACAGAUGUUAAGGAAAACCGAAACCUGGACAACGUGUCCUGCAAAGACGGGGUGGGAGUGGCUGAGCAGCUCCCCAAUGGAAGCGGCCUGGGCAGUCGAAAGCGUCCCCUAGAAGAGGGGAACAAUGGACACACGCACUCCAAGUUCCGGGCCAAGAAGCGCAAGAAAACACCGGGACCGGUUCUGCCCAAGAAUGCUCUGAUGCAGUUGAACGAAAUCAAACCGGGUCUACAGUACAAACUGCUGUCUCAGACAGGACCGGUCCAUGCACCAGUUUUUGUCAUGACUGUGGAGGUCAAUGGACAGAUGUUUGAGGGCAUGGGCCCAACAAAGAAGAAGGCGAAACUAAAUGCAGCUGAGAAAGCACUACGUUCCUUCGUCCAGUUCCCCAACGCCUCUGAGGCGCACCUGGCCAUGGGUCGAACACUGACAGUGAACACAGACUUUACAUCUGACCAAGCUGACUUUCCAGACAUGCUCUUCAAUGGCUUUGAGACACCAGCCGCACCCGAAGAAUCCUUCUAUCUAGGCUCCAAUGGUAGCAGCUCUUUAAACUCACUAGGGGAGUACCCACUGCCCACACCACCUGGCAGCAACCUUGCCCAGGCCCCGUUGCCCCCUCCAUCGACAUUCAGCUCGCCCUCCAGUGGCAAAAACCCAGUCAUGAUCCUCAAUGAGCUCAGGCCAGGCCUCAAAUAUGACUUUGUAUCAGAGAGCGGGGAGAGUCACGCCAAGAAUUUUGUGAUGUCAGUAACGGUGGAUGCACAGACGUUUGAAGGCUCAGGGCGCAACAAGAAGCUGGCUAAAGCCCGGGCAGCGCAGGCCGCCCUCUCAGCCCUCUUCAACAUGCAGCUAGACCAGACACCAUCCCGGCAACCCAUACCAAGAGAGGGAUUGCAGCUUCACCUACCCCAGGUUCUGGCUGAUGCAGUCUCUCGCCUUGUGGUGGAUAAGUUCAGUGAGCUGACAGAGAACUUCACCUCCCCCCAUGCAAGACGGAAAGUCCUAGCUGGAGUCGUCAUGACAACAGGGAUAGAUGUGAAGGAAGCACAGGUAAUCUGUGUCGCCACAGGAACCAAAUGCAUUAACGGUGAGUACAUGAGCGACCGUGGCCUGGCUCUCAACGACUGCCACGCUGAGAUAAUCGCCCGACGCUCGCUCAUCAGGUACCUCUACACCCAGCUGGAGUUCUACCUCAGCAAGGACGACCACCAGAAGUCGAUAUUCGUGCCGUGUGAGAAGGGAGGCUACAGGUUAAAGGACAACGUUCAGUUCCACCUCUACAUCAGCACCUCGCCCUGCGGAGACGCCAGGAUCUUCUCUCCGCACGAGGCCGGAGUGGAAGACCAAGGAGACAGACAUCCCAACCGGAAAGCACGGGGCCAGUUAAGGACCAAAAUUGAGUCGGGGGAGGGCACCAUCCCUGUGAGGUCCAGCAACACCAUCCAGACCUGGGACGGGGUGCUGCAGGGGGAGAGGUUACUCACUAUGUCCUGCAGUGACAAGAUCGCAAGGUGGAAUGUGGUAGGCAUCCAGGGCUCUUUGAUGAGCUACUUCACAGAGCCAAUCUACUUCUCCAGCAUCAUCCUUGGCAGCCUUUACCAUGCUGACCACCUCUCCAGGGCCAUGUACCAGCGCAUCGCAGAUAUCGAGGACCUGCCCCAGCAGUUCACCCUCAACAGGCCUCUGCUCAGUGGCAUCAGUAAUGCAGAGGCCAGGCAGCCGGGCAAGGCACCUAACUUCAGUGUGAACUGGACGGUGGGUGACCAGGCCCUGGAGGUGAUCAAUGCAACAACAGGCAAAGACGACAUGGGCCGCGCUUCACGUCUCUGCAAGCACGCCCUCUACAGCCGCUGGGUGCGCCUACACUCCAAGCUUUCAUCUAUCUUGUGGAUCAAGGUGCUCAAGCCCAGCUCCUACCAUGAAGCCAAGCAGGCGGCCACAGAGUACCACUCUGCCAAGCAGGCACUCAUCAAGGCCUUCCACAAGGCCGGCCUGGGGGCCUGGGUCAAAAAGCCCAUUGAGCAAGACCAGUUCACCCUCUGCUCCUGAGAGUCAAGGGACCAAGGGAUUCCUAAAACCCCCCACUCCUUCCCCCCUUGACCCAGGCCUGAAAGCAAGAGAGCCCCCCUUCUAACAACCAGCCCACAGAGACACUUACCUCCGUCCCAUGUGUCAGCACGCACGUGCACUUUGUACUCGUGGAAAUGAACGUGCGUAGUUUCACAAACCGUCCAUCAUUCUCAUUCCUCAGAGGACCUCAGCCUCACCAUGUCUUUUCUCAUUAUAUUGAUUUCUGUCCUUUUGAUUUUGAUUUUUAAUAGAUGGCGUUUUUUCUUUCAUCUGCUUGUUUUCUCUUUUUAAAACUGGAAUCCAUGUUUUUAUGCCGUAGAUGUGGAAGUUGAAAUUAUGCAGUUUUGUCUAUUUUCUAGGUCGACUGAGUGUAGCCAGUUUAGGGUGAAAUGUAGCCUAGCAACACAGGAUCUCUGUGAAUUAAAACCAAUGUGUAUGGACCUGGGGAAAAACACCUACUUGCUAAAAUGAAUGACUAUGACUUUAAUUUAAAUGCAUAAACUUCAGGAUGUAAAUCUAGUGCUGAAAAGAGAGAGCAUACAAUAGUUAUAUGACAUUUAAUGUGUGUUAUUUGGUCCGUUCCUUAGAUGAGACUACAUGUUCUUAGACCCUGUAUUAAAGAUGAAAAUGUUCCAAAAUAUUGUGGCCCUGUUUGAUUCACUGACUGGAAAGAAUACACAGGCCAGGCGUUAUAUAACACUUUUGUUGAUUUAUUUUUUACGUCUUGUUCAUUAAUUUGUGUUUUGUAAGUUAUUUUAAUGUCACUGUCAUUUCAUACUUGAACAGUACGACUUCCUCCCCUCGCCUGGGUCUUGGGACAAGCUUUGGGAGGUGCUGCACGUUGUAUUUUUCCUUGAUCUAAGCCAUGGCUUUGCAUGGGAACUGAACUGGGAGGCCUACAGAGCAGAAAACACACAGGUGGCGAGCCCUGUGCGUGCGCCCAUCAGUGAAUGAUUUUGAAUGAAUGCCAGCAUCUUCCUCCACAGGCAGCUUUGAAUCUUUGUCUCUAUUUUCUAGAUUUCUUGUGAUUGUUUGUUUUGUUUUGGGGAGAGGGGGGGACAAGGACAUUUUUUUGUUUGUGUUUCGUAAAAGAUCGGGCAUUUGAGUAUUGGGGAUAAUACUGCAGUGAAAAUAGUGAUAAACAGACCUCUCAAAUGUUGUAACUAUGUCACCUUGUGGCAGGGAUCCAUGAUAGCAGAACUAUUAAUAGAAGGCAUGGUCUAUGUGCUGUAGAGACACAUACAGUGUGUAUCCAUUAGAUGCCACAUUCUGUAGUGAUAGUCUGAAAUGCAAAACAUGGCGUCAUCCCUCCACAUUUGGAAAACACAGAGGUAUGGUGAUGAACAGACUCGUAUGCUAAUAUCUGCUAAAUUCUACCAGUAGAUUACAACCAAAUGUAUCACAGUGUGAUGUCAUCUUCUUGUCGUCCUCUCUUCUACAUCUACAGAAACACGUCAGUAGUUCGAGAAGACCUUUGUGAUCCGACCUUUACACCCUGAGUGCAUAAAUGUCCUUUCGAUUUGUAAAUGAGGACCAAGUAAUUGCAGUCAGUUCCUAUUCCCAGCUGUAGGAAAUGUAUGUAUGUGUGUGCAAUCUACAGUAUGUGUGUGCUCAGACGUCUUUAAGCAUACUCUGUGGAAUCUUCACCAAAGAUGAUAUCCAUGUGUGUUUCUGCCCCUUCUUUCUUUCUUUUUUUAAACAAAAAAAAUCAAUCAUUUACUGUUUUGUAUAUCCACUGAAUAAUGUACUUUUGAUUUCUACAAAAACUGUGUAUUCCAUUCAAUAUGGGGGACAUUAAAUUGUCAGGCUUCUUUAGUGCAUCUGUAGCUGUCAGUGGCCACGUGUAUAUUGUGACCUGCGAUCAUUAUUGCUGCAGUAUAGUAGUCCUCUGUAUAUAAGGAACAAUAAAAAUGUUCCCUGUACAAUCAGUUCAUCCCAUCAUAAAAAAACAACUGUUUGGACUCUCCCUGUUGCUGGGAUUGUGAAGAUGUUAAGUAUUAGUGGUUCUCUGUGACUCACUGGGCACCAUAAAGCAUGGCACUAACACUGCCGGGGUUAACAGGCUUCAUCCCCAUUGUAGCCACCAAUGUUUAAAAAAAAAAUAUAUAUGCACUUGUAAGGUGCCUCAGCUAAAAGUGGCAUCCUCAAGCUGGCACAUGUGAUGUCAAAUAUGUACCUUUUUUUAACUUCUAUUUCAGUCAGUAUUAGAGAAGCAGGAAAGAGGGGAAUCUACCUGAGUUGAUUUGAAGGUAGAAACUUUGAAAUUUGGAUCACAGAAAAUGGAAAGAUCUAGAGUCUCCCCCCUGACAAAUAGACCCAGACCAAAGUCACAAGCAAUACUCCUGAUGUCUCCUUUAAUGUCACCCAUCACAAACAGGAGUCUGAAGUUUCCCUCUGCCCCUCCAAUCUUUGUUCUAUUAUCUCUCUGCAAAGCUGUCUGAUGUUUUUGUUGUAGUUUUUUGUAUAUUUUCCCCUAAAGACUGCCUGCUUCUUUUUCUUGUUCUUUUGACUGCACUAAAGAUGUCAACUGAUGAUGUCAUGAUAAAAAACCGUCCCCGUUUCUGGAUUGGAUGGCAACUAUCACAGCAAGAACUGAACUGCUUCCGCUUUACCCUUUGUGAAUCCUCGAUGAUGGUCAGUGCCCCUUCCUCGCCCUGCAGCUGCGUCUGCAGUGGAUUUUUUCUUUUCUUUCCUUUUUCUUUUGUGGUGACUCUAGAGUGGUCGGUGUUUGUUCACUCUGGGUUUCAGAGCCACUGCUCUCUGUUCUCCCCUUUCCACAGUUGUCCAGUGUGUGAAAAACUCCACCAACAAACAAACCCACAACCUUGCAUGUACUACCAACACUGAAGCUGCACCUAGCAUGAUGACAAACUUUUAAAGGA